AAUCUUCUUUCUUUCUUCCUACCACAUUUCAUCCUUGUUUUUUCAGCUUUCUUGUCUAUCUCAGUGUUUUCUUUCACCCAACAAGAAGAAAUGGCCGAUGCAAUCCUCUAUGGCGUUGCGCGGACGAUCAUUGUAAGCUUGGGCUCCUCCACUCUCCAACAGGUUGGAUCAAUCUGGGGUUUCGAAGAUGACCUCGAAAAAAUGUCAAACACUGUUUCCACCAUUCAAGCUGUUCUUGGGGAUGCAGAAGAGCAGCAGGGCAGUAACCAUCAAGUCAAGAACUGGCUUAUGAAGCUCAGAGAAGCAGUUUUUGAUGCGGAUGACUUGUUGAGCGAGUUCUCCACUCAUGUGUUGCGGCAAAAUGUGAUGGGCGGUGGUAAAAUGACCAAGAAGGUACGCGUUUUCUUUUCUAGCUCAAAUCAACUUGCUUUUGGUUUUAAGAUGGCUCGCAAAAUAAAGGCUAUGAGGGAGAGGCUUAAUGAUAUAGCAAAGGAUAGGAACAAUUUCCAGUUGGUAGAGCGUCCUUUAGGGACAGCAGUUGUGACUAGGAAGAGGGACCAGACUCACUCAUUUGUACGUGAAGAAGACGUUAUCGGGAGGGAGGAGGAUCGGAAGGCCAUCAUAGGUCAAUUGUUGGACUUUGAUGUGGAGGAGAACGUUUCGUUCAUAUCCAUAGUAGGAAUUGGGGGGUUAGGGAAGACCACACUUGUUCAAUAUAUAUACAAUGAUGAGAAGGUCAAGGCUUAUUUUGAGUUGCAGAUGUGGGUGUGUGUCUCUAAUGACUUCGAUGUGAAAACCAUUGUUGAAAGGAUAAUUACAUCUGCAACUGGAAAAAAACCUGAGAACCUUGAUAUGGAUCAAUUGCAAAUUGAACUUCGUGAUAAGCUCAGCCAAAAGAAGUACUUACUUGUAUUGGAUGAUGUUUGGAAUGAGGACAAAGAAAUAUGGUGUAAUUUGAAAACACUUUUGUUGGAUGGCUCAAAGGGAAGUAAGGUGGUGAUAACUACACGGAGCAAUUUGGUUGCAGAUAUUACCGGCACAAUGCAGUAUUUUCUAAAAGGUUUGUCAAAGGAUCAAUCUUGGUCUUUAUUGAAACAAAUGGCUUUUGAAAAAAAGCAAGAUACUAUCAAUCCUAACUUUGAAGCAAUUGGAAGAGACAUUGUAGAAAAAUGCUGUGGUGUGCCUCUUGCUAUAAAGGCAAUAGGAAGAGUAUUAUACAACAAAAGGACAGAAUCUGAAUGGUCAUAUAUAAAGGAUAAAGAACUCAAAAAUGUAAUUAAGCUAAAGGAUGAUAUUUUUCCUGUUUUAAAAUUGAGUUAUGAUCAUCUCCCACCACAUUUAAAGUGUUGUUUUGCAUAUUGUUCGUUGUUUCCCAAAGAUUAUUUGAUUGAGAAGUUGACAUUGAUACGAUUAUGGAUAGCACAAGGAUUUAUCCAAUCACAAGAAGAGAACUUACAAUUAGAGGAUAUUGCCAAUGAGUACUUCGAGGAUCUAUUGUGGAGGUCCUUCUUCCAAGUAGUAGAAGAAGACAAUGGCAUGUUCAUGAACUUUAAAAUGCAUGACUUAAUCCACGAUCUUGCACAGUCGAUUUCAAGUAUUGAGUGUACACUGGUUAAUUCUAAUGCAAAACAUGUCAACGAAAAAGUUCGUCAUAUGUCAUUCCCUUUUUACAAUGAUUCAUUCUUUGGAGAGAAUUUAAACUCAUUGGUUAAAGCAAACAAGAUACGAACAUUCAUUUUGACAUCCCAUAAAUGGAACGAUCCAGUGGAAGUGGAUGAAUCAACUCUCAGAAAACUUAUUUCUGCUUUUGGAUAUAUCCGUGCAUUAGAUCUACAUGGCUUAAAAAUUAAGACGUUGCCAAAUAUCAUAGGUAAGUUGAUGCAUCUAAAGUACCUUGACCUUUCCAAGAAUGAUAUUGAGGUUCUCCCUGGUUCUAUUACGAGAUUGGUGAAUCUGCACACAUUGAAACUCCAAUAUUGUGAGAAACUUAAGGAGUUACCAAUAGACAUUCAAAAAUUGGUCAGCCUCAAGCAUCUUGAUAUAAAGUCAUGUUACAAUUUGACUCAUAUGCCAUAUGGAGUUGGGCAGUUGACUUCUCUUCAAACAUUAUCCUUAUUUGUUGUUAGUAAGGACCCCAUAGGUUCCUCCAAGCGCUGUGGUGGACUAGCAGAAUUGAACAAGCUAAAUGAUUUGAGAGGAGAAAUAGAGAUUACAGAUUUGGAAUUGGUGAAAGAUGCUAUCUCGGAAACAAAGGCUGCAAACUUGAAGGAGAAGCAGCAUCUCAGUGACUUGUCAUUAAGAUGGAAUUCUAGGCUUGAUGAUGUUAUCAACGCUGGUGAUGAUGAAAAUUUGUUAGAUGGCCUACAACCACCCCAAAAUUUAAAAUAUUUGUUUGUACUAUUGUACGGGGGUGUGAGAUUUUCAAUUUGGCUUUCUUCGCUAACAAAACUUACUGAAUUAUAUAUACACUGUUGCAAUAAAUGCCAACAUUUGCCACCAUUGUAUCAACUCCCAUCUCUUCGAAAGAUAUCUCUUUGGGAAAUGCAGAGUCUAGAGUACAUAUCAGACUUGGAUAUCACCAAUGAAGUCUCUGCUUCAUCAUUGACAACAUUUUUCCCAUCCCUGGAGUCACUUACGCUAGUAGCAUGUCCUAAUCUAAAGGGAUGGUGGAAGAGGGAUAUUGUUGAUAACGGCGAUGCAACAAUAAUGACAUCCACAUCAUCAUCAUGGAGUCAUCAGUAUCACCAACACAUGUCACUGCCUUCCUUUCCCUGUCUUUCUGACUUGAAUAUAACUUAUUGUAGUAAGUUGACUUCCAUGCCGCCGUUUCCAUAUCUCGAAAAACUGCUUGAUUUGAUAGGGGUUAGCGGGAAGGCAUUGCAACAAACAAUGGCGAUGAAGAUGAAUACGGCAGGAGCUUCUUCACUUUCCUCCUCCAUCCCUCCUCUCUCCAAAUUAAGGAAAUUGCGUUUGUCGGAGAUGCUAGACAAAGAGCCUCUGCCAGAGGAGUGGCUUCAAAACCUAACUUCUCUCGAGGAAUUAAAUAUUUUGAGGUGCUCUACAUCUCUGUCUCAAAUUCUGAGACAUCUCACCUCUCUUAAGGAGCUGAGCAUUGUGGACUGCGAGGAAGUUGAUCUAUUUAGUGAUGCGGACGAUGAUGGUACAAAAUUUCAACAUGUUAAGUGCCUUCAGUCUCUGUCUUUCUCAAAUAUUUCUAAACUCGAAUCUCUUCCUGCAUAUCUUCAAUCCGUUACUACUCUCCAAAAACUCUCGAUUUACAAUUGUCCCAGCUUGAUGACUUUACCGGAAUGGAUCGGCAACCUCACAUCACUUCAAUACCUUGAAAUUGAAGUUUGCCCUAAUUUGACAUCCCUUCCCGAAGGGAUGCAUCGCCUCACCUCGUUACAGUUCCUGAGGAUCAAUAAUUGUCCCCACUUAAAGCAAAGAUGCCAGAAGGAAAUUGGAGAGGAUUGGACAAAGAUUGCCCACGUCCCAAAAUAUUCCAUUUGGUAAACGAGCUGUUGCUGCGGGACUCGCUGAUAUUGGAGUAACAUUGUAUUGGCAAGCCUAAAAUUUCUCAUGUCCCAAAAUAUUCCAACAAAUUUCGGGUUUAACUACAGAUAUGCUUCCACUAGAAUUUCAGAAGCAAACUACAAAGAUGAGUCAAGGGGUUGCCCAAAAUUGAUCACGUUUGGAGCGGGUGCAUCUGAUCAAACAUCAAUUCUUUUCGGUAUAAGUUUAAUAAUUGAUCUCAAAUCUUUAUACAAACAGCAAUUCCACUGUUUGUCCUCCGGCUCUUUCUUCUCCUCCAAUGAGAAGAAAUGUUUGAGUAGACCUGAAGAAGCAAUUAAAGUCUAGAAAAAGCUCGGGCCUUAUAAUUAGUUCUUGUUGUACGCUUUUGGCCUCUCUAAUUUUCAAAAUUGCAUAAAGCCACAAAGAGAUUGAAAUGUGCGAUGCUAGCCGCAUGGUUCCUACAUUCCAAGUGCUGUGCUGAAGAUGAAACCUGAUCUUGAUCCAAGCAAAGGUGGAACUUGGAAGGCCUGAGUUCUAUUUCGAAUAUGGAGAAUAUCCUGAACAGCUUUAUUUUUAGGAGGGUGAUACUUGGGAUGUUCAAACACUACUUUCUGGAGCAUCAGUCUUUUGUUCAUAUCAGAAUAUUGCUAAGCUUGAUAACUUUACCGGAAUGGAUCGGCAGCCUCACAUAAUUUAAAACCUUGUAAUUGACGAUUGCCCCAAUCUGACAUCACUUCCCGAAGAAAUGAGUCGCCUCACCUCUUUACAGAUAAUAAGCAUCAUUGGUUGCCCCCAUUUGGAGAAAAUAUGCCAAAAGGAUACUGGUGAGGACUGGAAUAAGAUUGCUGUAAUCUUCUCCCUUACUCCAAUAUGAUAAAUCAAUCUGAAUUGUUCUUGUCUAUUGAAAAGGAAAAGAACAAACUCUAUUGACCCAUAUAUAGAAGCAAUUGAAACCUUGGAAAAAAGCCUGGGUCUCAUUAUCUAGGUUUUUGAAGGAGAAGAAGAAGAUUUUGAAGGGAAAGAAGUGAGAAAAGAAGAAAAGCAUUGGAAGGCUAAUAAAAGAGUCCAACAACGUUUCUAGAAUAAAUGAUAGUUGCCAUUGAUGAUAAAGUGGGAAUUCAGACUUGGCAAACGAGUUGUUUUUGUGGGACUUGCUAAUGUUAGAGUAACAUUGUGUUUGAAAAUCAUUGCAAAUAACUAAAUUCUUGUUCAACAACUGAUAUGCUUCCAAUGGCACACUACAAAGAAUUGAAUAGGAGUCAAGGAAAACAAUAGAGGGCAGCCCAAAAUUGCUCACAUCCUCAAACUAAUAUUGGGUGCGGAUGAAUUUGGUCAAUCAUCAAUCUUUUUUGCAUAGUUCCUAUAAUUCAAGUGCUGUGCCGAAGAUGAAACCUGAUCUUGAUCCAAGCAAAGGUGGAACUUGGAAGGACUGAGUUCUAUUUCGAAGAUGGAGUGUAUCCUAAACAGGUUGAUUGGAUUGGGCAGAAAACCAAAUAGAUGCUGGUGGAGUUUUUGCUCUUCUCAUCUCCACUUAGUUGAAUUCUGUUUCAACAGUUUUUUAUUUUAUUUUUUUGAGUUAUAUGAUUUAUAUGAUAGCUAAGGCUACGGGAGCGAAGCAAAAUUUGUUGGUUGGCUCUAUGGGUGGAACAAACCCAAAUUGACACUUGAAAAUAGCUUAGGUGACCACAAUAUACUGGUGUGGAAUAGAAAGGUUGAGCAAUUUUUGGUUGACUUUGGUAUUCCACACAAUCAUAAGCUUUAUUUUUAGGCGGGUGAUACUUGGGAUGUUCAAGCACUACCCUCUAGAGCAUCCGUCUUUUGUUCAUAUCAGACUAUUGCUAAGUGUCAGGAAAUCUAGAGAGCCCCUGCUGAAAUAUUGUUGCAAUGGGAAAAAAUUUUGCAAGGAAAAAAUGAACACCAAAGCUUUCUUUCUCCAAUGAUCUCUAGAAGAAGUUAUUUAGAACUCAAAAAAAAAAAAAAAAAAAAGCUUGCAGUUGGGGGAAAACAAAAGUGUCAGGAAAUCUGGAGAGCCCCAGUUGAAAAUAUUGUUGCAUUGGGAAAAAGAUUGCACAAGGAAAAAAUGAAUACCAAGCUAUCUUUCUCCAUUGUUCUCUAGAAGAAGUUAUUCUGGACUCCGAAAAAAAAAAUCCGACUUUAGUUCAAAUCAAAGAAAUAUUUUGAAGCACAAAGCAAACUUUGAAAGGGUGCCAGCAGUAAACUGGGGACGAUUAGUAAAAUUUGCUCACUUGAAGUUUGGAGGGAAGGAACCUGUCCAUCAGAAACAGUUUGAAGCACAAAGCAAACAUUUGAAAGGGUGCCAGCAGGAAACAAGGAACAGCUGCUAAAAAUUGCUCACACCCUGGGGGUUGGUGGGGAUGAACCUGUCCAUCAGGAAACUUUAGCUUUACAAGAUAACUUGCACUGAAAUAUGCUGGAGCCGUUGUCAUGGAUUUUGUGUUCAAAAAAAAAUCCAAAGAAAUAUAACAUCACUUGUGAACAUUAUGAAGCUGCAUAAACAUGGGUGGAUGCUAUAAAUGGCUGGGACUUCCUUGCUAUGAGUUCAAGUGCAAGAUGUGCACAUUAUGUUACAAACAUAGAGAGAUUGUGUGGAGGUUUGAGAUGAGAGUGAAUUCCAUGUGCUGUGGUUCCAAGAGCCUUCUCAAAUGGGUUUUGCAAUAUCAUUCAGUUUUGCUUGAAGAUAAUUUGACGAUUUUAUUGGUUUAAAAAAUGCUAUGGAAGAAGAGGGUCAUGAUGCUGAUGAGGCAAGCUUGCGGUACGGUUAUCUUGAAUUUUAUACUUGAAAGUUGAAACCAGUCGCGUUGAUGUUAACAAGGCUUUUGGUUUGGAUGGACCAUGACACUUCAUUGUGUUGCAGCUGGGGGAUUUGCUAUUUCAGCUGAGGUUAUUAAGCUCUUGUUUGGUGCUUUUGCAUUUUAUUUUGUUUUGUUGCAUACUGUUGACUAUGUAUUCCAUGGUCAUGUUAUUCUUGUUGUUUCUCGCAUUAUAGUAAUCAUAUUAAAGAAAUAUGAAAGGAAUAGAACAUGUAUAUAUCUGGAGUGGAUGUUGUUUUCAUUAAUAAGCAUUUUGGGUAUGAAUCGAAACAUGAGUGAAAAUUGGGAACCUC